AUGGGGAAUUCUUUUGGUUGUUCGGCUUCCGGCGAGAGAUUAGUGUCGGCGGCGAGAGACGGUGAUUUCGUGGAGGCGAAGAUGCUUCUCGAUUGCAAUCCUUGUCUCGCCAAGUACUCUACUUUCGGUGGUCUUAAUUCUCCGUUACAUUUCGCCGCCGCUAAAGGUCAUAACGAGAUCGUUGGGUUAUUGCUCGAGAGCGGAGCUGAUGUGAAUUCGAGGAAUUAUUGCGGCCAGACAGCAUUGAUGCAAGCUUGUAGAUAUGGACAUUGGGAAGUUGUGCAAACGCUUCUGCUCUUCAGAUGCAAUGUUACAAGAGCUGAUUAUUUAGCUGGAAGAACAGCGCUUCAUUUCGCUGCUGUGAAUGGUCACGCUAGAUGUAUUAGACUUGUUUUGGCUGACUUUGUACCUAGUGAGAAACUAAACUCUCUUCCUGAGACUGGUGCGGCGGUCACAGCGAGGAGCAAAUCCGAGCAAAGUGCAUUGUCUAAAUUUGUGAAUAAAGCGGCUGACGGUGGAAUCACGGCUCUUCACAUGGCUGCCUUGAAUGGAUUAUUUGACUGUGUGCAGCUUUUGCUUGAUCUUGAAGCGAAUGUUUCUGCUGUAACAUUUCAUUAUGGAACAUCAAUGGAUAUGAUUGGAGCUGGAAGCACGCCUUUGCAUUAUGCUGCUUGUGGUGGGAAUCUGAAAUGUUGUCAGAUUCUCCUUGCAAGAGGUGCAAGAAGGAUGACAUUAAACUGCAAUGGGUGGCUACCUAUUGACAUAGCACGGAUGUGGAGUCGUCAUUGGUUAGAACCGCUACUUUCUCCAAAUUCGGAUGUGGUCAUUCCAGGGUUUCCUCAUUCUAACUACUUAUCACUGCCCCUUUUGAGUAUACUCAACAUUGCAAGAGAGUUUGGGUUGCAGUCCGCAACCAUCACAGAUGAGGUCGAUAUCUGUGCGGUUUGUCUGGAAAGACCAUGCACCAUUGCUGCUGAAGGUUGUGAGCAUCAGCUAUGCGUGAGAUGCGCGCUAUACCUUUGCUCAUCGAGCAAUGUUCCUUCAGUAACAGUUGGCCCGCCCGGGUCAAUUCCUUGCCCUCUUUGCAGACAUGGAAUAGUCUCGUUUAAACGACUCCCGAGCUCACUGACCAAAGAAAUGAAGUUGCCUAUGUCACUCGGGUUCUGCGCACCGUGUAUGCUUCACACAGGAGACACAACAGAUCACUCGUCACCGACAUGUCCAACCACAGAGCAACGUAGCAAAACCCGUGCUGCUGCAGUUUCAUCAGAUAUGUUCUGUCCGGUAACAUGUAGCCCAUUCCCUUCAGUCAACAUCCCAAUGUGUACAUGCAACGACGGGACAUGUCCAAACUUUGAGACACAUGGAACAGAGAGACAUAGCGAAGAACACGACGAAUCUUCUCCUCCUCCUGGAACAACAACAGAGCAUGAGAAGAUAGAAGAAGGACAAAGACUUGGUAAAACAACAACUUGCUCAAGCAUGUUUUGGGGAAGAAGAAGCUGUAGCAGAGAGCACCAAUGCAACUCAGAGAUCAAUGCUUGA